AUGAAAAGUCUCCGCUGGCGUUACACUCGGCUGCCCAGCCAGGUGGAGGAUGCUCUGUCUGGGGAGGAGGACAAGGAAGAGGAGGAAGAAAAGGAGGAGGAGACAACCCCAGCUCCAGCUCCGGUUCCUGAAUGCCCCGUGGCGCCCCAGCUGGCAGGAGCCAGCCAGGUUCUGGGAGCCUCGGAGAUGAGUCAGCUUAGUCUCCACCUGCCGCCGAGAGUCACUGGAUACUCCUGGAGGCUGGCCUUCUGCACGUCGAGGGACGGCUUCAGUCUGCGGAGCCUGUACAGGCAGAUGGAGGGCCACAGUGGGCCGGUGCUGCUGGUGCUGAGAGACCAGGACGGCCAGAUGUUUGGCGCCUUUUCCUCCUCGGCCCUUCGACUCAGCAAAGGCUUCUACGGUACUGGCGAGACCUUCCUCUUCUCCUUCUCUCCACAACUGAAGGUCUUCAAGUGGACUGGAAGCAACUCUUUCUUUGUGAAAGGCGACUUGGAUUCUCUGAUGAUGGGCAGUGGCAGUGGCCGCUUUGGGCUGUGGUUGGAUGGAGACUUGUACCGCGGGGGGAGCCACCCCUGUGCGACCUUCAACAAUGAGGUGCUGGCCCGGCAGGAGCAGUUCUGCAUCAGUGAGGUGGAGGCCUGGGUCCUGAGCUGA